AGUUUCAAAUGAUUCAAUGAAGAGAAUCGACUCACCGGAAUGAUUCGUUUACGAUGGAACACGAGCAUGAUGUCUGCCGGUAGAAACGGAGCCAUUAAUAGAUGACUGGAAUCUUGACCGAUAUUAAUAAUGGCUGACCUACAACCCCAGGACGAUCUUUUGAAAAUGUCUCACAGAGAAUCAUGGAAGAUGCAGCACGAGAGGUUGCAUGUGAAGCAUCGAGGUCAUGAGGCCAUGCAUGCCGAGAUGGUUCUAAUACUCAUCGCCACACUAGUGGUUGCUCAGAUUGUCCUGGUUCAGUGGAAACAAAGACAUUGCAGAUCCUACAACAUGGUCACACUAUUGCAGAUGUGGGUGGUUCCUCUAUACUUCACCAUUAAGCUUUAUUGGUGGCGUUUCCUGUCCACAUGGGGCAUGUUCUCCGUCAUCACCAGCUAUGUUAUAUUCAGAGCCACACGCAAGCCUCUCUCUGGCAGAACGCCACGGAUGGUGUAUAAGUGGUUCCUCCUCAUUUACAAGCUGAGCUACGCUGUGGGUGUGAUCGGAUAUCUCGCCAUCAUGUUUACCAUGUUUGGAUUUAAUGUUUUUUUCAGGAUUAAAGCAGAGGACUCGAUGGAUGUGGGUGUGAUCAUGCUUUUCUAUGGUCUGUACUAUGGGGUAAUGGGACGUGACUUUGCUGAAAUCUGCUCAGACUACAUGGCAUCCACUAUAGGGUACUAUAACAUGGGUGGUAUGCCAUCCCGAAACCUUAGUAAUGACAUAUGUGCCGUGUGUGGUCAGAAGAUUUUUGUGGACGUAGAUGAGGAAGGCAUCAUUGAGGACACCUACCAGCUCUCCUGUAACCACAUAUUUCAUGAAUUCUGUAUUCGUGGCUGGUGCAUUGUGGGAAAAAAGCAGACGUGUCCAUACUGCAAUGAGAAGGUGGACCUCAAAAGGAUGAUGAAUAACCCCUGGGAGAGAACACAUGUUUUAUAUGGACAACUUCUGGAUUGGUUGAGGUACCUGGUCGCCUGGCAACCCAUCAUAAUUGGAAUUGUGCACGGAAUAAAUUUUUCACUUGGACUUGAAUAAACACCAACAGUAUUUGAUUCAGUUUAAAACUGUGCAUGUGUUGACCUUUUUGAAUAUUUAUUUGUAAAUUUUACACUUUAUAAUAUAAAUCAGACAGCUGCUUUUUUGCUUUUUAAAUUCAUUAAAUACAUAGAAACAGACUUAUUCAGAUACACAGCACUCCUUCAGAAGUGACCUACACUGAUACAUCAAUCAAAGACAUACAGAAGCCCCUCUAAAGCUGCUGUCUAUCACUCCUAAUCGAAACUGUGCCUCAUUUUGUCUGUCUGUUUGUUUAAUCGUUUAGCAUUGUAAUGGUGUUUGAUGUAGGUGUGGAUAUUAAGUGGUUAUGUUUUUGUUAAGGUACAAAGGGUGAGGAGGGAUGAUUGCCAAAGCUGCACUCAGUAUUUUUUAUUUUAUGUUGAGCUGGCCAACACGUCAAAUCUCAUGAGGUGACCUGCUCGGUGUAAAAUUAAAUCCUUUUUAUGUGGCUACUGA